AUGGUUCAGUUCAUUGAUUGCCAUCCUGCCACCCAGGCUUUGCACGCAGACGAUCACUUGAAUCUCGUGCAAGAUGUUGCGCCUCCAAUCCAUCUAUCGACCACAUUUCGAUACUCAAAACAUCCAAAUGAUCUAGUUCCGUCAGAAGACCCUGUGGCAGAGUUUGAUGGGAAGAACUACGUCUACUCUCGCGAGUUUGCCCCAAAUGCCACCCGCUUCGAAGCUGUACUCUCCACUCUGUUGAAAGGGCAUGCAGUAAGCUACGCCACGGGUCUCGCUGCACUACACGCCGCAUUGGUACUGCUGAAUCCCCGAAAGAUCUCCGUCGGCGAGGGUUACCACGGCAGCCACGAGGUCAUUGAAGUGGUCUCCCGUCUCUCUGGACUCAAGAAGCUCCCACUUGACUGCGCCGCCGAAAGUUUGAGUGAGGGUGACGUGAUCCUCCUCGAGACUCCAGUCAACCCAUAUGGCACUGCAUAUUGUAUCGAAGAGUACGCUAAAAAGGCACAUUCUCGCGGCGCAUACCUCAUUGUCGACAGCACGUUUGGUCCACCAAGUCUCCAAGAUCCAUUUCUGUGGGGAGCUGAUAUUGUCAUGCACUCUGGGUCGAAAUAUUUCGGCGGGCACAGCGAUAUGCUCUGCGGUGUGCUUGCGGUGAAACAGGAUGAUUGGGCGAAACAUCUUUUUGAAGAUCGAAUGGCUCUAGGUAAUGUCUUGGGAAACUUAGAGGGGUGGCUUGGUACCCGAAGUCUGCGGACGCUCGAGGUUAGAGUUCAUCGUGCGAGUGAGAACGCCACUAAGUUGAUCUCGUGGCUUCACGGGGCUCUGACUACUUCCUCUCCCGUGCUGGGAUCAGACGAAGCCGCUGUCCAGGCGGUCCUGCAGAAUAUCUACCAUGCCAGUCUGCAGGAUGAACUGUGGUUAAAGAAGCAGAUGCCCAACGGAUUCGGCCCAGUUUUCUCAAUUAUAAUGCAAAGUGAGAAGUACGCUCGCGCUCUCCCGAGCAAAUUGCAUUUUUUCCAGCAUGCGACGAGCCUGGGCGGUGUUGAGUCUUUGAUCGAGUGGCGGGCUUUGUCAGAUGCCAAGGUAGACCGGAAGUUACUGCGGGUCAGCGUGGGCUUAGAGAACUGGGAGGACUUGAGAAAGGAUCUGUCGGAGGCGUUCAAAUCUCUCGUGCGUCUUCGGUAG